AUGGAUAAGUUUCGCACGGUGCUAGACUUCUGCCUCAGUCACCAGAAGGUGCUGGGUUAUGGUGCCGUGUCUCUGCUGACUGCCGGCAGUGAGCGUAUCUUUUCUGUGGUGGUGUUUAAGUGUCCUUGCAAUUCCUGGAAUCUGCUCUAUGGCUCUGUCUUCCUCCUGGUUCCAGCCCUUAUUCUCUUUCUACUUGGUUUGCUGCUCAGUACCAGGUGCUGGAAGGUGCUCACAGGAUGUUGUGCCCCAGGCAGGCUGUCCAGGUACAGCCACAGGGGUCGCAUCUGCCGCUAUCUGCGAGUGCUGUGGCUGGUGGUCGUUGGUGCUGCUGUUGCUCCCUUCACAUGGAUUGCCGUGGCCUUAUUGGGGGGCCACUUCUAUGAAUGCGCUGCAAGUGGAAACACCAUUGUGCAGAAGUACCUGUGCCAAGACAAAGAGAUUCAGUGCCUGAAAGAAAUGCUUCAAGUGCCUUGUGGUGGCAGUUCUUUGCAGGAGGUACAAGAUUUGCUCAUGAGCCUCCGAGCGCAGUCUCAGGUGAUGGGAUGGAUUUUGAUCUCCAGUGUCACCAUAUUAGCUCUAAUUUCAACUUGUAUUUCUCGCUGUCGUUCACCAGUCAGCAUUCUUCACCUUGCAUUCUGGAAAAUCUACAUGGCAAAGGAGCAAGAACUUUUUGAGAUCAAGGCCAAAGAACAUGCAGCCAAGCUGGCAGAGAGAAAUCUAAAAUGCUUCUUUGACUCCACUGAGCUAGAACCAUUUCAGACUCCAAGCACCCGCAGCUGGCAAACCAUUUCCUCCUUGUUUGCCUUUAAUCCUGAAGAGCAUUACUAUAGCAUGAUACACAAAUAUGUCAGCAGCAAAAACAAGAAUGGCAGCAUUAUAUCCGCAGAGGGGGAUAUGUUUCCUUCUUGCUUGGGGUUUGUGGAUGCCGCUGUAGGUACUGAUACAGAAGUAUUAUAG